GCUACCUAAGCUAGCCAUGACAGAUUCUCUAUUGCAAAUGGCUCUUCCUGGUUUUUUUAAGUUGGGGCCGAGCAAGACCCGUGGGUUUUUGUCGGAGGAACACCGCCCUGUUUCCCACUGGAGACACGUUGGCUGAGCUCUAAGAUAGACUGAUGUUUGCAUAGGGUCUCCGCGGCAGAAAUGGAGCUUUUGUGCUCUUCAAAUUCGAACUUAACAGUGUGAGUCACCCACUGUGCCGCUUGCGCAGUGUGCCGGCACUCACUGUGCGUACAAAUGCUCACAGCGAAAAGCGAUGGAGCACAAUGGACGAAAUGCCAGCGAAAGCUACAGCAAAAGCCCGCAAUGAACCGCAAUGGGAAAUGAGACAGGUUGCAGGUCAGCCCGUCUGAGCAGUCUGGCCCAAAUAAAAGCCAGCUGUUGCGGAACUUGGCUACUUCACUGUAAUUGUGCUGGUGUUGUGACGAGCUUUGGUUGCCUUAGCUUGUGCGUGACGACGAUCCAAUUCUCUCGCGCUACUACAACUACUAUCACCAUUCCCUGAUUGCAAGGACUAGCUAACUCUAAAGAGCUCCCAAGCAAGCACGUCAGUGGCCUUAAUUCACGUUGGCGAAAGCAGCAGCAGCUGUGACGUCGCACACGAUGCAGCAGUCUCUCCAAGUUCAGCUGCGGCUGCAGAGCUCCACACAGGCGUCUUCUCGGCGCGGCGCUCCCGUCAGCGUACGCGCGCAGGCUGCCCCGCGGCGUGCUCCGGACGCGUCGACCGGUACCGCCACUUCCUCGCGCAAGAACUCUCGCACUGUCGCCAACUUCCAAAAUGCCGAUGCGGCGACUCUGACUCUACCUUCGCAAGUUCAGCUGGCCGAGUCGUCGUCAGCCGCCAAGACCAAGGCCACAACGCUCAGUUGGGCGGGCGCGGGCAUCUUCUUCUUUUGGCAGCUGGGCGCGCUCAAGUUCCUCGCCGAGCGUUACGACCUCACACGCGUGCCCAUGGCCGGCGCCUCAGGCGGCGCGCUGGCCGCGGUGCUGGCCUGCUGCGGCAUCCCCGCCGACGUGGUGCUGCAGCGCGCCUACGACCUGAGUGUGCAGCACGGCAUCUGGGAGCGGCCUCUUGGUCUAGUGGGCGUGUGGGGCAGCCUCAUCGAGCAGUGGCUGGACGACCUGCUCCCCGACGACGCAGCGGAGCGCUGCCGCGGCAAAAUCACCAUCAUCGUGACCACGCUGCCCAACAUGGGGCAGGUGGGCAUUAGCGACUUCAAGGACAAGAAGGACCUGAUCAACUGCGCCAUGGCCAGCGCACAUAUCCCAAUGCUGCUAGACCUCAAAUUCGCACGCCUGUGCCGCGGCAAGUUCUGCGUGGACGGCUCGUUCCCCGACUUCUUCUACAACGACAACUCUGAGCUGCUUAAGGCGGGCGGGUCAGCGGUUAUCUUUGACUACUUCCAGGACACCAACCUUGUCCGCAAGGGCCGGAUGGACAUGCUGUCUCUGAAGCAGUACGAGGAGGUGAAGCACAUCAUGCAGGUUGGGUACGAGUACGCGCAGACGCUGCACCACGAGGGCCACUUCGACCAUUUCGAGGUUGGCGAGAUGGUGUUUGACCACCUGGAGGAGGCUGUUAAGCCGCGGCCUUCGGAGCAUGCCUCUGCCUAAGCCCAAACCGGCUUGCGGUUACCUCCUGUGGGCUUGCGGCUACCUCCUGUGCGCUUGCGGUCACCCUGUGGGCUUGCGGACUGCAGCUAGCGGCACAAGCGGAAUACGGAGCUGCGUUGCACGGUUGGCGUUAUUUUAGCACCUGCGGCUGAAGUAGCCGCAGUUGUGCUGGUACGAGAAUGGUCAAUGCAGCUUCAAGAAACAGGGCGUAGGUGUGUGUGUGGGGGGGGGGGGGGACCAGCGCCACACGGCAUUCAUGUGACCAGGCAUCCCUGGGAGGGGGUCGGGCCCCUUUUGUACAUGAAUGAGUCCGCAUUGUUUGUUGGUUUGCAAAAGGGCACGUCCCCUGAAGACCUGUCGAGUGAUGCGUGUCCGUUGCGUUUGGUCAGUCGAGUGCGGACGAAUUCUUUGCGGCGCGGCAGCCACCCGGCUCUGUCGCUGCAAUAGGCAUUGAGUGCUGUGCGUGUUCAACGUUGUUGCAUGCCUGGGGCCUUAGCGUCAGUUUUCGCGGGCCGUCCCCCAUCAGGAUAGCUCGCGCCGCUGUCACGAUUGGCUUGGCGCUGGCAACCUCCGCAGACGGGGGUCCAGGCAGCCUGCGUGCUGCGGCACGAGCGCACGGCGGCAGCUGUGCAUGCAGGAUGAUAAUGUGGAUGAGUGACAGGCCCUGGGCUUACGGCUGUGAAGCGCGGCAUAUUCUUUGCCUGAGGCAUCAGGCCAACGGCUUGGUGGUCUGCGUGAGAGGCUGUGAUGCGGGAGGUUGCCGACCGAGUGUUUGGUCAGGGGCCUGCGGAUAGUGGCUGUGGCGUGUUUGUCGCUGAGCCGUUGGGGAGGAGUUGCCACUGGACACAACGAAUGAGGCUGAUCACUGAAUAACGCUACAAGGGAUUGACCAGGGACUGGACAAGAAAGGUGGCCAUGUAGGCCCCAUGAGUUGCACGUUGCGCAAAAGCGUCAGAACGUGACAGCGCUAGCUAAGGCUCAACGAGCCCAGCAGUGCCUUGUAACACGAAUGUGCG